AUGGUGCUAAGAGAUGGGGAUGCGAAGACAGGAGGGGAGCAUUCCCAGCCUCGGGAGCACACUGCCAAGUGGGACGUGGACAUGCUUGGCUAUCAAAGAGAGAAAUAUAAAGAUAGUAGAGAAGAAAUCAACAAUGCUACAGCUCAGCUCCAGCAGAAAACACUCAACUGGACCUUGAAUAAUUUUAGGGAGGAGCAUGACAGAACACAAGGCUGGAGGCCUCAGGGUUCAUUCCCCUACUCCUGGGCCUUCCAAGAGCGCUACCCCACAGGUGCGCCCCCGAGGCCGCGCUGCUGCAAGAACGGCGGCACCUGCGUGCUGGGCAGCUUCUGCGUGUGCCCCGCCCACUUCACCGGCCGCUACUGCGAGCACGACCUGAGGCACAGCGAAUGCGGCGCGGUGAUGCACGGAGCUUGGACCUUCCGCGGUUGCCGCCUCUGCAGGUGCGUCUUUGCGACCCUGCACUGCCUCCCGCGCCAGACCACCGGCCGCUGCGAAGAAAGACUUUCUCGCCUCCCACUCGAGUGGACCAAGCACACGGUGCACGUGGAGUGUGCUGCUCUUCCUGCCCUGCGUGCUCCUGAAAUCCAUCCUCAGCGAAGGGCGAGGCUUUUGACCCCAUGGGAACUGGAAGUUCGCCUGACUUCUCCAAGUGGGUGAGGGAGGCAGUUCUGUGUGGGGAACCUGGGCUUGUGCUUCCUCUUGCGUUGUCUAUGUUGUAAAUGUACUGUCUAAU